AUGCUGACCACCGAUAUGAGAGAAAACAGAGAAAAAACGAUCACUAUAAAAGAUAUGAACUCUGAAGUAUUCAAGAGCAUGCUAGAAUUUAUUUACACUGAUAAAGUUAGUGAUUUAGAUUAUGUUGCGGAACAAUUGCUCGAAGCCGCAGAUAAAUACCAAAUUCACACGCACAAAGAAAUAUGUGCAGAAUCACUUUGUAAGUCUGUGACCAUCGAUAAUGCCUCCAGAUUACUUGUUGUAGCUUACCUACAUAAUACAAAAGAAAUGUUGGAGUAUAUUUCAAAUUUUAUUGUAAUUAAUGCAAGUCAUGUGGUAAAAACAGAAGAGUACAAGAUGAUGAAAGAAUUGCAUCCGUGCCUAGUACCUAUUUUAUUUGAUAAACUUGCCGCUUCUUUUGAAAACAAAUAA